CGCACUUCAUUUCGUCCAAUAAGGACGUUAUAUUUGUGAGGUUUUCACUGAUCUGUUGUUUGGUCCAGACUUUGGACUCCAGGCAAAGGCGAUGGCGAUGCUUGGCACAUGAAGAGCUAGGAUGUCUCCUUGCAAAAUUGCCUUGAUAUUUUCUCAUGCAUAAGAUUGAUUCCGUCUUCCAGUUGGCCCGCUCGUGUGUGCCAAAGCUUGUUAUCCUUUACCCUAGGCGUCCAUUACUCCAGGGGUUCAUUUGCCACAGAAAGCGAACGCACUUCACAAUGGCAUCAUGCUCACAGGACUACAGCUUUGGACCACACCUGAUACGCCGAACAGAAGUAUUUGCAGAGACACCGUUGUCAUUUGCGUUCGUCAACUUGAAGCCUGUGGUGCCUGGCCAUGUGCUUGUCAGCAGCAAGCGCGUAGAGCCGCGGUUUACAAACCUCUCAGGUAGCGAAGUUGCGGACCUGUGGAAACUAGCGCAGGAUGUUGGCAGGGCUGUAGAGAAACACUUUGGUGCAACUUCGCUCACUUUGGCUAUUCAGGAUGGGCAGCAUGCCGGGCAGUCAGUUCCACACGUGCAUGUGCACAUCUUACCGCGAAGGCGUGGGGACUUUGAGAAGAAUGACGAUGUCUACGACGCUAUAGACGGUGCCUCAAAGCAGCUGACAAGAAGCGGCGGCGCUGCUGCUGCGACGGGGGAGAAGCUGGAUUUGGAUGCACAGCGCAGAAUCCGCACCCCAGAUGAGAUGGCGGCCGAGGCAGCUGAGCUAUCAGUGUUGUUUCAGUGAUGCUUGACAGGUGCCUACUAGUAGUGUGGCCCCCUAGCAAGCAUGGAUAAGUUAUCCAUGCAGGAUAUGUCAUAACCACGUGUCAUUACCUAAGGAUUCUUCAUCGCCGAUGCGAGACCUAGGGACAGAUCGGCUCUGUGACAAGGACAAAUAUGCAACAAUGCAAGUCGGAAAUUUCUACAGGGGGUCCAGUGGAUUGCCUAGUCACUGCUCUCGGCCUGCAAAACGCAUCUCUAUUAGUUGCUUGAAAAGACUUGACGGAGC